AUGCGCACAUAUAUAUAUGUACGCAUUUAUAUCAUCCUUGUUCAAUUCACAACAACCGAAGCGAAAUUAAAUUUGCCGAAAACGAACAUGGUAGUUUCAUCUUUAGAUGGAGAUUCUACACUCCCGGAGAAGCAAAACCGCUUCAUUCAAGCGAAAGAGAAACUUCGUCAUAUCGAACAACAGCUACCUAAGUACCUAUCUCAUGCCACUUUAAAAAACUUUUGA